GAAAGAAGGAUUAGAGGCACAUGAUACCAGAGGAAAAUAGAAAAGACUUUUAUUGUCAUUGCAGCGUUGGACACUACAAAUACUUUGAAUUGCUGGUCAUGAACGCUCACUGGCUGCUGACGGUGGUUGCCGUAGCAACGGAGGCCCGUUUGGAUGAUGACGGACAUUGGAACUAUAGAGAAGGAGCUGACAGAGUGGACGUGACAUCAGAGCGCAGCGUGACUCAACUUUUGGAUGUUUGGGGGAAACAAAUCUUCAAGGAGAUCAAGACUUUGCUGCAAUCUCAACCCAACACUCUUCUACCUGACUACUCCAGGGUGCGCCCUCUCUCCGAGACCAUCCACGACUUGUUGCGAGAAGUCUCUCUGCUGCGUCAGCGAAUCAGCGAGCUCUCCCGUCGCCUAGCAACUCUGCAGCCCUUCCUCCGUCGCCAUGGCUACCGCGAGGCGUGGGACGGCCUGGCUCCGGCACGUCGGAGUCCGUCAGGAGACGCGCAGGAGCAGGAGCAGGAGCAGGAGCAGGAGCAGGAGCAGGAGCAGGAGCAGGGCCGCUGGCGAGGGGGGACGCGGCGGGCCAGGCUGCUGCAGUAG